CAAAGGUGGAACACAAACCAAGCUUGUUUUUGUUUAAGGUUUAAAAGUCCGUGGCGCUAAAGUUCUUUAAAAAGAUUUAAAAGUCAUCUGAAUAGUGCAGUUUAAAUGGAUUUGCCUCCUAAAGUUCCCAGUAUUUGUCGGACUUGUUUAUCUCGCUCCUCCGACACAGAUAAGUAUCGUCCUCUGUACAAAGAGUCGCUAAUCUGCAGCGAGAAGCGUCGGUUUGUGGAUCUCCUGCUUGAAUGCAUCCCUUCUCUAAAGAUAUCACAGGACGACACUCUCCCAAGGUACAUAUGCAGCAAGUGUUCGUUAUCCCUGAAGCAUUUCAUCCGCUUCCGGGACCGAUGCCUAAAGACAGCCAAAGAACUUUGGGAUCACCCCGAGCGCUACCGAACGGUUGAACUCGAGAAGUCCACACACAACUCCGAAUCCUCCGAAGAAAGUGAACCACAGGCACAGGAAGCUGAAUGCAACAAUAUUGCUUCAGCUGAUCCGAAAGACCUUCCAACAAAUACCGAAAGCAACCUAAUCGAAGUCGUGGACAAACCCAACGAGCUGUUCGAGAUUCGCUCGUUUGAUUCCCCGGAAGGCAAUGGGCCGAAUCGUCGGUUCGAGUGCAGUUACUGCCACAAGCAGCUGGGUGGUCGCAAAUCCUUCAAAUACCACAUGCAGCUUCACUCCGAUCUGGCCAACUUUCUGUGCAACCUGUGCGGCGAGUGUUUCAAGACAAAGAUGGCCUACCUUGGCCACAUGGCCAGUCACGAUCCGGAUCGGUACAAGUGCGACGUUUGUGGCAAAUCCUACCGCCAAGCGGCCUCCCUCCGAAACCAUAAGCUCAACCACAGUCAGGAGAAGCCUUUCUCCUGCACAAUCUGCGGUCACUCCACUACCCAGAAGAGCGGUCUCAAGAAGCACAUGCUGACCCACUCGGAGAGUAAGUCAUUCGUGUGCGACCUCUGCGGGGACCACUUCCGCUUCUCGAGCAACUUGGUCAUGCACAAACGGCGGAAGCACACGGUCGUCAAAGAUCACGUCUGUUCCGAAUGUUCCAAAGCGUUCGUGUCCAAGGAUGAACUGCUUAAUCACAUGAUGUGCCACACGGACGAGAAGCCGUUCGAGUGCGACCAGUGCCGCAAGACGUUCAAUCGGAAAAGCUCGCUGCAGUUCCACCAGAAGAACCAGCACUCGCUGUUGCCCAGGCAUUCGUGUCACGUGUGCGGGAGAGGCUUUGGGCAGAAAGUUUCCUUGCAGAAUCAUUUAAGAACACAUCUUUUGACGGAUUGAAUUCAA